AUGGGAUCUAUAGAUAUUGCAAGUGGUAUGAAGACGAGCUGGAGUCGUUUAGUGCGGUUUGUCGCAACCGAAGACGGUGCUGAGCAUAUCGGCGAGCCCAUCGAUGCUGAGUUGGAUGUCGGCGCAGCUCUUGCUUCAGGAUCGGAAGUCAAAGUUCGCGUCUUCACAGGAUCGUCGGUACUCUCCGUGGAUACCCAGCCAACACUAGUAACCUACACGAUAUCAAGACUACUGCCACCGCUUUCAAAAGCCGAAGUUGGCACGAUUCGCUGUAUAGGCCUGAAUUACCGGAAACAUGCCAAAGAGAUGAACCUGGACCUUCCCGACCACCCGACGCUGUUCUUCAAGCCUUCGACAUGCCUAGGGGCGCCGAAUGCGCCUUUAGUCAUUCCACAUCAGGCGACAGACGGCCAGGCCGAUUACGAAGCCGAGCUUGCGGUUGUCAUCGGGAAGCCAGCCAAGAACGUGAGCAAAGAAGAUGCGAUGGAUUACGUGCUCGGCUACACAUGUUCGAAUGACGUGACAGCGCGAGUCCACCAGUUCAACGGCGCGCAAUGGGGGUUCGGCAAGGGCUUUGAUGGCUUCGCGCCAAUAGGGCCAUGCUUGGUAUCCGCGUCUUCGAUACCAGUCCCCGGCGAUAUCGAGCUGAAGACGGUACUCAACGGUGAGACUAUGCAAUAUUCGCUGGCGAACGAUAUGAUCUUCAGUAUACCAGAGAUAGUGGCAUAUCUGAGCCAAGGAACGACGCUGGAGCCAGGUACUGUAAUCAUGACGGGUACGCCGCAUGGAAUUGGUGUGAGCAAGGUGCCGAAGGUAUGGCUCAAACCGGGAGAUGAUCUGAGGAUUGUAAUGAGUCAUGGUAUGGGAAGUCUGGUUACACCUGUGGCGUAUGAGGAAGCUUAG